GAGAAACUAGCGUGGUCGCCUGUGACCCAGAUGUUUUAGUAAGAGCGUGUAUAUCAGCUGAUUUGGAUGAACGUAGAAUUGGAUUGUUAGUUUUCAGUCAUUGGAUAUUUAUGGCUCCGGAAUAAGGUAAUGGGCUGUAUAGUUUUGAGGUGAUAGCGUUCAUAAUACAGAAAUAGAACGCUAAAAUAGUGACGCAACAUGACGAUGGAAAGAGGGGACUACAAGCCGGGGGUACCGGAAAAUGGCGCAGAGGAAACCAUGGGUCUCCUGGAGGAUCAAUCGCAUGAUCACAGUAAUGGCGGCGCGGAUAGGAAAAGUUUAGAAAGGUGUGAUGAUAUUUUAGGGGGAGGGGUCAGUGAUGUUUUUAAGUGUGAAAAUUGUGGACUAGCGGAUGUAGAUCAAAAUCAUUCCUGUCAAAACUCAGGGACUGUGGAACCAUGUCCGAAAACAAACGGUUCCCUUUCAACGUGCAAUAUGGUGUCCGAAACUAACGGCACGUCAUCAAAAGACGUUUCACCGUUACUUACAAAGAAAUUGCACGUCGAAAUGGAUGAAAACUCAGGGCAGCUUAAAUCAGUGAUCAAAGACCCCAGUCCUCCAAAACCUGAAUUGACUCGGCAACAGAGUUGCUAUGACAACGCGCCGGACGGAGGAUGGGGGUGGGCUGUGACGUUUGCAGCGUUCAUGGUUGGUGUGAUUUUGGACGGGAUCUCGUUUUCGUUCGGGAUUUUCUACAGGGAGCUGCUUGAUCACUUUCAGGAGAGCAAGAGUCUCACUUCCUGGAUUAUUUCCGUGAUGAACGGAACCUACCUCGGAAUAGGCCCUAUAGCCAGUAUCCUGGUUGCGGUGUUUGGAUGCCGACCCGUGGCCAUCUUCGGAGCGUCCCUUGCCGCCGUCUCGUUUUUCCUGUGUGCGUAUUCCCCCAACGUCCGCGUCAUGAUCGUCGUUUAUGGCCUUCUGGGAGGUGCAGGUCUUGGGCUGCUGUACCUCCCGUCCAUUGUUUCCGUGGGCCACUACUUCAAGAAAAAGCGCGCCCUCGCCACCGGCAUCGCUGUCUGCGGAAGUGGCAUCGGCGGCUUUGUUUUUGCGCCGCUCAGCGAGUUCCUUAUAGAAAAAUACACAUGGAAGGGGGCAAUGAUGAUCAUUUCCGCCAUUGUACUCAACGGGAUACCUAUAGCCGCCCUGCUGCGGCCCCUCGAGGGUUCGCAAACGUAUUCUGAGCGGAAGCGAGAGAGCAAGUGUGCAGAGCGUGCUAUAAAGGAGAAACUUUUAGACGGUGCUUCCGGUCAUAAUUCCUCGGUUGAAAAACCUGCAAAGAAGUGUUGUAACUUUGAUAUAUCGUCCAUAUUCGAUUUUGAGCUUCUAAAAAGCCCGACGUUUCUUGUUUAUGGAAUGUCCUGCUUUCUAUGCAUGCUUGGAUUUUUCAUUCCUUUCACAUUCAUUCCUGAUCUCAUGGUGGACGUCGGUAUGACGUCAGAGCAAGGUGCGAUGAUUAUUGCCAUAAUCGGCAUUCUGAACACGGUGGCGCGCGUGUUUGUCGGCUGGUUGGCGGACCGACCCUGGGCCGACGCUCUCAUAAUCAAUAGCGUUGCCCUAGUUAUAGGGGGCGUUUCCACCAUGUUUGUACCCAUGUAUGUUGUGUUCAGCGGAAUGGCGACGUACGCCGUUGUCUUCGGGAUAAGUAUAGCCGUGUUUGUUUCAUACCGGUCCAUAAUUGUGGCUGAGUUGCUGGGUAUAGAGAAACUGACGUCGUCUUUCGGGCUAGUCACCAUGUGUCAGGGCUUAUCAGCAUUUAUAGGAGCACCCAUAGCAGGCGCGUUGUCGGACGAUGCAGGGGAUUACGGGGGAGCUUUCUAUCUGGCGGGAAUCGCUAUCGCUCUUUCCGGUGUGAUUUGCUUCCCGUUGCGCGCAAUCAGCCGCUGGGAAAAACGGCGGGAAGAGGCGCGUUGCAAAAAGGUGAACGAGGUCGUUUUCAUUUCCGACAUGGAGCUUGAGAUUACGUCAAAGUCGUGAGAAUAUUCGGAUAUGACAUUCGGAAGUGACAUUACAACUGGACGAACCUUGUGUGUGAACAGAGUUGUGCAAAAGUGUGAAGUCAAACUACAAAUGUAUACCAGUUGGCGAUUCUUUACUCGUUUGAUUUUUAGAGGGCCUCUCGCCUUUAUUGCAAGAAUGUCAACAACACUUUGAAAUGGUCAACAUCCAUAUACUUGUAAACAAGUUUUUUAUAUAUAUAAUACUUAUUGUGGAGUUUCUAAAACCGGGGGCACUUAUAUCUCGGCCACCACUUCUAUGCCGUUUAUGUAGCCUUAAUUUAUUAUUUAAUAAACAAUAACAUCAGAAAGAACAUGCCAAAAUUGUGUACCUGGUAUACGAUGUCAAUGUUAAAGCCACUUUGUUUACAUAAUUAUUGUCAGUUAAAGAUAUACCUCAUAAGUGGAAAUGACGUUAUCAGACCUGAGCAUACACACGUUUUGGUGCAUGGCAGGGGGUAAACAAAACAGUUGAUCAAUAUUGUAAGAGGACCACGUCGCCUUUUAUGGUAAGUUUGUAUUUCAUUUAAUAUUUAAAGCUGCACUCCCACAGUUAUACCGUAUUUACAACUUUUUUUUGUUUUGGUUUUUGUCUUGGAAAGACCAAAUUUUUGCGUAAGUAUCUGCAAACCAUUUAAUAAAAGAUUGCUGACAAAAUAUCAGA